AUGGUACAGUUGUCAAAACUUUGGGCAGCGGCACUCUGCCUCGCCACGCUCUCAACAGCAAAGGGCAACUCAACAACUUUCAGCGCCAACCGCCUGAGCCCCCUGAAACACGCCAAAACAACGGGCCCCAGUCCGCUAAACAUCGAAUACUACGAAGCGGGCCCAUCAGAUGGCCAAGCUGUCAUCCUCGUCCACGGCUUCCCCUACUCAAUCGACUCGUACGCACCCGUCGCCCCGCUCCUCGUCGAGCACGGCUACCGCGUCAUCAUCCCGUAUCUCCGCGGUUUCGGCGGAACGCGCUUCCUGCACGCCGACACGCCGCGGAGCGCAGAACAGGCGGCGCUGGGAUACGAUAUCAUCGCGCUCAUGGACGCGCUCGACAUCAAUAAUGCAACCUGCGCGGGGUAUGAUUGGGGAACCGUCGCUGUGAACACUGCGACAGCUCUAUGGCCCGAACGGUGCACGCGCAUGGUCGCGGCGAACAGCUACCUGGUUCAGAACCGGUCGACGGCGUGGGUGCCGAGUGAUCCGGACUCUGAAGCGACAAAGUGGUACUAUUACCUGUUCUUGACGCCCCGUGGCGCCGCGGGCCUCGCGCAGAGUCCCAAGGAGUGGACGCGCACACUGUGGGCGAAGAACUCGCCUGCCUGGAACUUCACCGAGGCGUAUCUAGAUCUGACGACGACGGCGCUGUAUAACCCGGACUUUGUCUCCAUUGCGGUGGACUUUUAUCGCAAUCGGUUGCUUUAUUCGCCGGGGGAUCCGGCGUUUGUGGAUCUGGCGGAUCGCUUGGAUGCGCAGCCGGUCAUCACGGUCCCUUCUGUUACACUGGAUCCCGAGGAGAGUGUUGUGCUCAAGCCGGCGAAUGCGUCGGCGAGUGCCAAGUUCUUUACGGGGCCGAGGUGUCACUACCAGCUCCCUGGCAUUGGUGAGAAUAUUCCGUACGAGGCGCCGCGGACUUUUGUGAAUGCCAUACUUCAGGUUUCAAAGUUGGGUGGGGAGUCUGGGUCUGUUGAUUGUGGGGUGCUUUGA